GCUAUGCUGGUGAUCUACAUGUAUGAGUCACUAGGGUUUUUUCCUUAUUGCAAUCCAGUUAAAAAUAACCCCAAGAACCAUUUAAAAGCCACAUGCUCUGGUCAGAGUUGACACAAUUUACCCUCAGCAUGGACGCGAUGAAAGACACUAUAAUCGACAAGAUCGAAUCUUACUGUUCUGGAGAUUCUCUCUGGGACUUCAACCUGACGUGGAACACGGCUUCUCCCGAUCUCACUCCCUGCUUCCAGAAAACAGUCUUACCCUGGAUACCAUGUAUUUUUAUCCUGAUAUUUUCACCACUCCGACUCUACUUACUGCCAAACGAACGAUCAAAACAACAACACUCUACGCUAAGUCUUGCCAAAUAUAUUUUGUGUGCUGGACUCAUCUUGCUCUCGCUCUUGGAAUGCUUGGAAACAGUAUUUGUGAAUUCUCUUGAUGAUGCCCUGCGACAACCGGAAUUUAUAUCAUCCAUACUAACUGGGAUAGCACUGAUCCUGGCCAAUCACGUCAUGUGGACAGAACGCCAACAAAAAAUAAGAUCCUCUGGAUUUCUGCUAGUCUACUGGUUCCUGAUGUUAGUCAGCUUUUCUUUGACACUCCAAUCCCGAGUCAGGUCCCUCCUCAAACAGGAUGAUAUGAAUGUGGACACGAGGUUUUGUUUCCUGUCAAUUCAGACUCUUCUCUGUAUAGCUCAGCUGACUCUGACAGCACUAUUUGUUGACAACUUCCCUGAAGAUGACCAAAAAUACAAGAAACCGUGCGUUGAGAACAGUACAUCUCUAUCUACCCUUACAUUUUCUUGGUUUACUGGGGUCGUGCGAGAAGCUUACAAGAGACCAUUGAAGGCAGAAGACAUGUUAGACCUCCAAGAAAACUUGAAAUCGGAAUCAAUUGUUCCUGUAUUCGAGAAAGCAUGGCACGACGAAAUCAACACCCUGAAGAAGAAAACCCAUGAAGUCAAAACUGAGAUUAAUAACAACAAACCCGAAGAAAAGACACACCAGGCUAGUCUCAUUAAGGUGCUCUUCAAGAUGCACUCAUCUGAGAUAGUCCUUAAUUUCCUGAUGCGGAUGUCACGUCAUCUAUUGCAGUUUGUUGGACCCUUUCUUUUCAAGCAGAUGAUUGACUUUGCUGAGGACAAAAAUGAUUUACUUUGGCAUGGAAUUUUAUUUGCCACAGUAAAAUUCAUAGUUGAUUGCACACAACUGCUUAUGGGAAAUUAUGAUGACAAUAUUUGUCAUAUGAUAGGAAUCAAAGUCAAAACAUCUAUUUGUGGAGCACUAUACAGAAAGAUGACUAAACUUUCGAACACGGCCAAGAAAGAUUGCACUGUGGGUGAGAUGGUAAACCUGAUGUCUGAUGAUGCUCAGAGAGUUAUACAUGCUUUAUUUCAAUUGCACUUCUUGUGGAUUGGACCUCUGCAGGCAUGCGUGGCCCUCUACUUCCUUUAUCAAGAGUUGAAGUUUGCUGCAGUGCUAGGAUUUAGCCUCUUUUUCGUUUUCAUUCCUUUGAAUGUAUUCAUAGCAAAGAAACAUCAUAAAAUCAAUAAAGAAGAUACAGACAUCAAAGAUAAAAGAAUGAAGGUUGUAAAUGAAGUCUUUAAUGGAAUGAAGGUAUUAAAACUUUAUGCAUGGGAACCUUCCUUUGAAAACAAAAUUGACGCCAUUCGAUUCCAAGAACUACGCGGAAAAAUGAAGAGAAGAUGUUUCGAUGCAGUUUCAUCUUUUAUUUGGGGCAUAUCGGACUUUCUGGUGACAUUUGUCAUCUUUGCUGUGUAUUUGUGGUUGGACGAUACCAAUGUCAUGACAACAAAGAAGAUCUUUUACACAAUAUCUUUGCUUGGAAUUCUCCGUGGACCAAUUCUUCACAUGCCACAUGUGAUCACAGCACUUGUUGAGACAUCAGUCGCUCUUAAAAGAAUUCAGAAGUUUCUGAAUCAGGAGGAAAUUGAUGAGUCUGCCAUUCAACAUGAUGGAAAUAACGGAAUGUCUAUACAAAUGAAAAAUGCAUCCUUUGCCUGGAAUCGACAGAAAAAUCCCAAUUUGAAAAAUCUAAACAUCGACAUACCUGAGGGAGGACUGGUGGCUGUUGUUGGAGCUGUGGGUGCUGGAAAGUCUUCGCUGUUGUCAGCAGCAAUCGGAGAAAUGGAAAAGACUUCCGGAGAAGUCAGUGUGAAUGGUUCUGUUGCUUAUGUUACACAACAAGCAUGGAUUCAGAACAAUUCUCUGAAAGAAAAUCUUCUGUUCGGGAAAGAGAUGAAUGGAAAAAAUUAUAAUAAAGCAAUCGAUGCAUGUGCUCUACGAGCUGAUCUAGACAUCCUUCCCGGAGGGGAUGAAACUGAAAUAGGAGAAAAAGGUAUCAAUUUGAGCGGAGGUCAAAAGCAAAGAGUAAGUCUGGCCCGUGCAGUUUACCAGGACGCCGACAUCUACCUUUUAGAUGACCCUCUUAGUGCUGUCGAUGCACAUGUAGGAAGACAUAUAUUUCAAAAAGUCAUUGGAAAUGGAGGACUUCUGAGAAACAAGACACGUGUCCUUGUAACACACGCCAUUAGCUUUCUACCGAACGUGGACAAAAUUAUUAAUAUUGUAAAUGGAGAAGUAUCAGAAGUUGGAAACUACAAUGAAUUAAUGGAACAGAAUGGCGCGUUUGCAGAAUUUGUACGUAACCAUGCACUAGAAGAAUCGACUUCUGAUGAAGGAGAACAAAGUGAAGAAAAGCCUAAGGCACCAGAGCGACAGUUAUCAACUUUUGACCAGUCUGACAAAGAUGAUCAGACAAAAUCAGAAAACAAAUGUAAAGAUUCCAAAUUCAUAGAAGAAGAAGCAAUAGAAACUGGACAGGUGAAAUGGUCUGUUUACACCGGUUAUUUGAGAGUCGCUGGAUGUUUUCUCCUCGUUUUGUUCUUCUUGUGUCUAGCAGAGAACAUUACUGAUCAUUAUAACCAGUACUGGUUGAGCGAAUGGAGCAGCGACAACACGGAUAACUGUACCACAAUGAAUAUGUCUUCAACUACACAACAAUCGCGAGAAAGAUACAGACUUACCGUAUUUGGAUUAAUUGGAAUGGUUAAAACUAUUUUUGAUGUUCUCGGACAACUCUCUAUUACUUACAUCGCUAUUACAUCUGCAAGAAAAUUUCACCAGAAUGCCCUGUCCAGUGUUAUGAGAGCGCCAUUAAGCUUCUUCGAUACAACACCGAUUGGCAGGAUCAUCAACCGUUUCUCUAAGGACAUGGAAACUUUAGAUUGGUCUCUUCCAUGGGUUACGAAAUCUUUCUUAGAGAGUGUCCCUCAUCUGCUGUCCACUUUUGCAAUCAUUACGUUGGGUACCCCCAAAAUAAUGUACUUUGUGAUUCCACUGUGCUUCGUUUAUUUCUUCAUACAGAGACUUUUCAGUGCCACUGCAACACAGACAAGGAGGAUCUGCAGUGCCCUUAGAUCACCUCAGUACUCUCACUUCAGCGAGUCCAUCAAUGGUGUCACAACACUUCGUGCUUUCAACAAAACUCAGCUGUUCACAAAUGAGUCUGAUCGCCGGCUAGAUGCAUACAAUAAAGCUGAAGUAACAAACACAAUGUGUUACAGAUGGCUAGGAAUUCGUUUGCAGUUUAUAGGAAAUCUUUUGGUUUUCAUUGCUUGUGUCAUGGCUGUUUAUAGAAGGGAUGUGUUAUCGAGUGGGAUGAUAGCUCUUGUUAUGACAUAUGCAGGACAUAUUACCGGAAUACUCCACUGGAUUGUUCAUAUUUUUACUGAAAUGGAUACUAGAAUUGUGUCCGUUGAAAGGAUCCAGGAAUACAUAGACACAAAACCUGAAGCGGAUUGGCGGAUUGAAGAAACAAAACCUGCCCCUGAAUGGCCACAAAAAGGCAAUGUCAAAUUUACAAAUUUCGGCUUGAGAUACCGUGAGGGUUUGGACUUGGUUUUGAAAGGAAUAGACUGUGAAAUAAUGCCAGGAGAGAAAAUUGGAAUCGUUGGAAGAACAGGCGCAGGAAAAUCUUCAUUGACUCUUGGAUUAUUCCGAAUCAUUGAAAAGGCUCAAGGCAGCAUAACUAUUGAUGAUGUUGACAUAUCCACCAUUGGUCUUCAUGAUCUUCGUUCAAAACUCACAAUUAUUCCUCAAGAUCCCAUUUUAUUUUCUGGUACAAUACGGAUGAAUCUGGAUCCGUUUGAGUCUUAUACUGAUGAAGAGAUAUGGGUAGCUCUGGAGCAUGCCCAUCUUAAAAAGUAUGUGGAAUCCCUAGACGAUGGUCUUCAACAUGAAUGUUCUGAGGGAGGUGAAAAUCUAAGUGUUGGACAAAGACAAUUGGUUUGUCUUGCCCGCGCAUUGUUAAGGAAAACCAAGGUGCUAGUCUUAGAUGAAGCCACAGCAGCAGUUGACCUUGACACUGAUAACCUUAUACAGAAAACCAUACGACAGGAAUUCUCAGACUGCACCAUUCUUACCAUAGCUCACAGACUCAAUACCAUCAUGGAUUAUUCCAGGUAA